CAAACAAUCGGCCUUCCUGCUGUGGCGUGGAUCAAAGUGUAGCUCUGUCACACCGGGGGAACGAAGAGGAGAGGAGCAGGGGAGAGAGGUGGACCUGAAGGGAAAGAAAUCAUGGUGCGUGUAAACCUGAGACAGUCCACUCGCUCCAUCUACCUGGGCCUGGCUUGUGUGUCCCUAACUCUCCACCUUCUUCUGGCCUUGUUUUGCCUCUCCGUCCUCCAGUCCGCCUGCGUCCUUCCCACUUCCUCCUCGUCCUCCGUUCCGAGGAUCGAUCCAGUCUCACACGCCGCCUCCUCCUCCUCCUCUUCUUCUGCUGCCUCAAAUAAACAAGCCAACAGCCGCCAACACAGUGAUCGUCACAAGCCCAGCGUCGGUGGCACGUUUGAAAACGAAGGGAACGACUCGUUCAGCGAGGACCUGGAGAGGGCAAGGAAACUGAUCGGAGUUGGAAAAGUGAGCCCAGCGGAGCGCGGUCGCUCCAAGCUGCAGGAGCUGUUCAAACAUCCUUUAUACAACCUGCCACGCCCGAAACUGCAGGAAGACGAUUGGCUGCUGAGGCUGAAAACGGAUGCAGAGGCAGAGGACAUAGAAAAGGAAGAAAAAGCGAAUCGAGACUCCGCCACUAGCGACAGCGACUGGCAAAGUGCCAGUGAAGAGGAAGGCUAUGAUAAAGUCACCUGGACCAGAGAUGAGGAGACCCACCCUCCCUGGCUGAGGUUCCACCUGGGCAUCUCUCGCUGGGAGCUGUACGACAGGAAAGACCUCAACCUGGCCCAGCUGACUCAUUAUCUGGCAACGCAGCGCAUCCUGGGGGCCGUUCAAAAGAAAGGAGGCACCCAGCUGAAACUGCUCGUGUCGUUCCCAAACUACGGCCAGGCUCUGCUCAAACCCAUGAGACAAUCCAGGGAUGCUGAGACGGAUGUGAACCUGUUUUAUUUCUCCGACUUUGAGCGACACAACGCGGAGAUCGCCGCCUUCCAUCUUGACAGAGUGCUGGGCUUCAACAGAAUCCCGCCGGUGGUCGGUCGACUCAUCAACGUCACCACAGAGAUCAGAGACGUUACCACUGACGAGAGGCUCUCCAGGACCUUCUUCACCUCCCCAGCCGGGAACGUGUGUUUCUAUGGUCAGUGCGAGUACUACUGCUCAGCAGAGCACCCGGUAUGCGGUCGGCCUCACGCGUUGGAGGUGUCCCUCGCUACCAUGCUGCCCGACCUCAGCCUGGCUCCACGCAGGUCUUGGAGGUCACCGUGGAGACGGUCCUACAGCCGCACAAAGCUGGCACAGUGGGAAAAGGAUGCCGCUUACUGUGACACAGUGAAGAAGACGCCUCCUUACAACCGCGGCAGCAGAUUGGUGGAUCUCAUCGACAUGGCUGUGCUGGACUUCCUCAUGAGCAACAUGGACCGGCAUCACUAUGAGACGUUUGAGGAAUUUGGCAACGAGACUUUCCUCCUUCACCUGGACCACGGCCGGGCAUUCGGGCGACAUUCUCAGGACGAGCCGUCUGUUUUAGCUCCUUUGGUGCAGUGUUGCAGAAUCCGUCGCUCCACCCUCCUCCGCCUGAGGCUCUUGUCCCGUCCCGACUUUCGUCUGAGUGACGUCAUGCGGGAGUCGUUGGCCCAGGAUCCUCUCACAGCCGUGGCCCCCCUCCUCGCCGAGCCACACCUGUCUGCUUUGGAUCGACGCCUAGCGACCGUUUUGGCGGCCGUUCAGACUUGCCAGGACGGGAACGAGGAUGUCGUUUAUAACGAUUUGGAUGAACCCGACGAUCAACAGCUCGGGGAAAAUCCAUGACAAUAAAUUAUAUAUUUUCUAUAUUUA